AUGGCCCCUGCUGCUCCAACUGGCAAUGCCCUUGCCAAAUACUUCGGGAAAUUGACCAUGGCCCAACAUUUGAUCCUUGCUGAACUUGUUGCUCAAGCUAUCAAUGGGCAAAAUGACCCUUCGGCACCCAGGGGGUUCAAUGAGCUGCAUGUCAACAUCAAGGCACUCUCUGCUGUCAUCAACAAUUUUCUGAACCCCUCUGUCUCGGAGCUCCAGACAGUCACUCACAAGCUGGAGUUGAAAAGAGCAGUAUUGAAAGUAAUCACUGACCAAAUCAGCAAGUUGGAACAUGAAAGACCCGCUGCCCCUUCUUCACACAAGAGACAUGUGGUCAUGGAGAGCUCAGAGGAUGCUGGUAUUGCUGAGGAAGAGCUUUUAGCAAGGAAAAAGGCAAAGAAGGAGCUAUCUCCAGAGCAGGAGCAGACUAAGAUCAAGAACAAGUUGCAUGACCUUAUAGGAUAUACAGCCAAAGGGGAUGUACCCAGCAAAGGUCAUGAACUUCUUCAUCCUCCUGGCAAAGCAUAUCUUGUUCCCGACUGGUCUCUCGGCAUCAAUGAGGGUUCCAAUGCUGAGAUAGUCAAUCAGGUCAUCAAUCUAGUUCUUCAAGAUCAUCAGCGCUGGUGCUGGAUAAUGGCAGGGGCAAAUAUAUGGGUGACAGAGAAGGGCAUGGAGGACCCUGACACCUUCUCCAAAGAGAUCAUCAAGCUCAUUUGGGUCGGCAAAGAGCGCUCCGUAGUUGAUCAAAAUGGCAAAGUAGACAAGCACUGGUGGAAGUCCAUGUGUGCCAGCAGAGCACUCAGCAAUGUGCAGAAGAAAAAACUGGGCUAG